AUAAAAGGCUUCCCCCACCUCCUAUAGAGGCCCCUGUACCAGAACUCUCUCUCUCUCUCUCUCUCCGCCCCCCUCUCUCUCCACAGGGUCACUGAGUGGAGCCUCGGACGCCCCCCAAACCGCCCCUCUCUCUCUGCCUACAGGAACACUGUGGCCGCAUCAACCUCCACAUCCCUCCAGUUGGGCUGACAUCACUUUCCCCAGGAGCAGGUAGGAGCCCCUCCUUCAGGGGCAAAGAGCAGCACCUCCUGGAACAUCACCUCCUUCUCUACAGUAGGGAGGAGCAACUACUUCCAGACAUCAAGUUAACCUCCUCCAGAGCACCUCCUCCAAGGAGCAGGCAGCAGCCCCACCUCCUCCUCCUUCAGGGGCACGGAGCAGCCACUCCUUCUCUACCAAGGAGGGGGGAGCUCCAUCACUUUCACCUCCUCCAGAGCCCCUCCUCCAAGGAGCAGGUAGGAGCACCUCCUACCGGAGGACGUCUUGAAGGAGCACCUCGGAGUAGGAGCAGGUCCUGAAGGAGCGGGCGGGAUCAGCGCCUCCUGGGGCUCCUGGAUGUCAGGAUGGUGCAGCUCCGGCGCGUGGCGGAGGGGAACGGAGGAGGUGGAGGAGGAGGGGGAGGAGGUGGAGGAGGAGGGGGAGGAGGAGGAGGAGGAGGAGGAGUCGUGGUGGAGGAGGAGGAGCUGGAGUGUAAGAUCUGCUACUGCCCCUACAGCCUCUCGCGGCGCCGGCCCAAGCUGCUGCACUGCUGCCACCGCCUCUGCUGCCGCUGCCUGGCCCAGCUCCUCGCGCUGGGGGAGAGCCCCGCCACCACGGUGGUCUGCCCCUUCUGCCGCUACGUUACCUCCCUGCCGCCCUCCUCCGCCCACCCCCUGACCCCGCCCGCCUCCCUCCCCGACGACCACGGCCUGCUGGCCCUGCUCGGCAGGAACCUCCGCAUCCAGACCCUCCAGGGCGGCUCCACGGAGCUGCUGCUCACCCCCAGAACCCUGAGCUCCCUGCUGGGCGCCGGCAACCCCUCCUUCUCCUCCUUCUUGCCCCCGGCCCCCGGCUCCUACGCCUCCAUCCGGGGGUCCCCCAACUUCGUGGUCAUCACUAUCAUGGAGCCCCCCCCGCCUCCACCAGCUCUUACUCCGCAGCCGCCGUCCGCGCUGUCGCCGCCGUCCGCGCUGUCGCCGCUGCCUCUGGGCCGCUCGCCGUACAACCUCCGUCAGCACCGCCCGCCCCCCGGCCCCCCACUGCAGGCGGCCCUGAUGUACCGCUCGGCGUCCAGCCUGGACUCGGUGGCGUCGGGGGCCCGGCGGCGUGGCGGCGGCGGCGGCGGCGGCGGCGUGCGGGGCUGCGCGGCCCUGCUGUGGCGGGGCUCGGCCCGGGCGCUGGUCUGGCUGCUGGGGCUGCUGUACUUCUGCUCGCUGCCCCUGGGGGUCUACCUGCUCAUCAUGCAGAAGACCACGUUGGGCGUGCUUCUGGUCAGCCUGGUGCCCACCAGCAUCAUGGUGGUCAUCAUCUACGGCUUCUGCCAGUGCCUGUGCCAGGAGCUGUGGGACUGCAUACCGCCUUAAGGGGGCCCCCGGGGGGUCUGAGGACGGAGGACCUCCAGCUCCUGCUCCUCCAUCACCUCCACAACAACCACCAGCCUCCCCACCAUCACCUUCAUCACCACCUCCAUCACCGCCUCCAUCACCACCUCCACCACCCUUAUAACCAACUCCACCACCAUCUCCAUCAUUACCAUAGGCACCUCCUAUUACUCGUCGAACUUCAGACCACCAUCAUUACUACAACCACCACCAUAAUGACCAUCAACUCUUCCAGCACCUCCACCAUGACCACAACCCCUAGCAUCUCCUCCCCCACCAUAUAAUCAGGGCAGAGACAGGAAGUGGUUUGUGUUUCCUUGGUGCUAAUCGGCUCCUGAUCCUGAGAAGGAGACGUCUGACAUCCAAACGCUGAAAUAAGAAGUAGAUGCUGCUAUUGUUCUAACCAUAGGAAUACUAACCCUAGGUCACUUAUCGUUUUCUAUUCUUAAUUACAUGAGUAUAUGGAAUAUACAUGAUUUUAUUUAAAUAGUAAUUUCCUAUCCUGGUUCACAACUUCGGAAAAUGACUUCUGCUUAACAAUGUUUAUAACAAGGAGAAUUAGCGGUGGAAAAUAUCUGAUAAUUGCUUAUUUAUUUUUCCCGUUACAUAGUGAGCAAAUCUGUGCACAUGUGAAAUGAUAAAACAAACUUUUAUUUUGAUUUGCUUUUCUCAAACUUUUUCUCGGAUAUUUCUAGAUUGGUCUAGAUCGACUUUUAACUUAUUUUUAAGGUAUAAAUCGGUGUGCAAUAUAUUGUAUUAGAGUGAUGAAAUUUGCAUUUGUCAGGCGCAAUAUAAAGUACUUAGAAAUUUUCCAGCUGAUGUUUUCUCAACUUUUACUCGGCCACCAGGGGGCGACAGAAGACUUAGCUCAACGGUGUUCAUUCAUCGUCCAUAUAAUUUGUACACUAUUAUACAAUUCUUCUACGGUUUCUGCAGUUGAACAAUUGAACAGCUUGAAUGCAUACAGGCCUGCAGAAAUCAAAAAUGUUUUUAUUGUGUAAUGCAAAUUCCACAGGCUCCAUUGUAGUACGCAUCAUUACAAUCAGAAGACAGGAAGUACAAUUAUAUAAAUACAACAAUCUUGCGUGUUAAAUCACUGCCGGUCUCUGUAGUUGUGUGUGACUGUUCUGUCCUGCUCCAUUCAGAGAGCUCUAUGCAGAUGCUGCAAGCUGUGCUUAUCUGGUGAUUAAACAAAAUGCUCAUGUGCAGAACGCACUUUGA